AUGCAUCGUCCUUCAUUAUCAGCAGGCCUCCUGCUCGCCGUCAUUCUCAACAUCCAUAGCACAUCAGCACAAACAUCGUCACCAAAGCGAGGUCUCGUAUCCGUGCCGGUCGGCCCGGCGUCCGAUGAGAGGAACUGGGACAGGCCCGGGUCUUCCAUCACCUGGUACUACAACUACAAAGCCGAGCCGUCCCAAUUCUACGCGGACAAGACACAGGAAGAGUUUGGGUUUGUGCCCAUGCUCUGGGGUGCCACCUCCGGCACGGACUUCUACGAUUCGGUCACUGCACAGAUCAAGGCUGGCCGCAACAUCACACAUGUCCUAGGCUUCAAUGAGCCUGACGGGCCGACACAAUAUGGCGGAAGCAACAUUCUUCCCUCGGUCGCGGCGAGUGUCUGGGUCAAGAACAUUGAGCCCCUCGCAGCUCUGGGCGUCAAGCUCGGCCUGCCAGGGACGACGGGGGGCUGGGGAGGCGUGCCGUGGCUGCAGCAGUUCCUGGGCAACUGUUCUCAGAUUGUGAGCGCAGGCCUGCCGGAGAAAAAGAACUGCACAUACGACUUUGUCAACCUCCACUGGUACGGCAACUUUGAGGGCCUGGCAAGCCACAUGGGCACAUAUGCCGCAGCAUUCCCCAACGUCACGCAGUGGAUCACUGAGUAUGCGCUCGACAACCAGGAUCUGCAGGCGACGCAGCAGUUCUUCAACAUGUCGAUGGAGUACUUUGACAGACUGGAGUCUGUCGGGCGGUACUCGUACUUUGGCGCGUUCCGCUCGCAGUACAGCAAUGUGGGACCCAAUGUGGUCAUGCUCAACAAUGAUGGCAAUCUGACCGACAUUGGCUCGUGGUAUCUGGGCGGCAGCGCGACGGGGAUUGAUCCUCAGUCUGGCACCAAGGUUAACGUCGGGGCCCGUUCCGGGGCAGGCGCCUCGGCUGCCGUCCUUGUGGCCACAUGGAUUACGGUCUGGGUCUCAACUCUGCUGUAG